GGCGGCGGCGGCGGCGGCAGCAGCACCAGCGCAGAUGCUGUGAGCAGAGUGGAGGCAGCGAGCAAGAGAGACCCAGCGGCGCAGUCGAGGGAUUGCAGCAGCAGCAGCGAGGCCAUGUGCCCGUCCGCGCAGCGUUUUUGCUGAUGGUGUGUGGCUAACUGGAGCAUGAACGAGAGGAGGUGUCGCCGAUUUCGGCCACUGAAGCCCGCCGCCGCCCGCCACCACUUGACGCCGGACGCCGCCACCGCCGCGAGUGUGCUUCGCGUUUAGAGUUAUGUGUCCCCAGGUGUGCGUAAACACCGCCGGUGCUAGUGUCACGGUCGCCGUCGCCUCCGCCUGAUCGUCCGCCGCUGUCUCGUCCUUUCUCGUCGCCGGUGCAAGCAACAGCAAUAAUGCAGCAUGAUGACGCCAUAUUGGAGCAGCAGCAGCAGUUCAUGACCCUCAUCCGCGCCGCCAGCCGCAUCCAGACGUCCUGCUUCUCUUUUUUUAUUAAUAAUUUUGCCGCGACGACGAAUUGCCCGAGCAGGCACAACAGGCAGCGCUGCUUUUUUACAACCUACUAACUGCCGUUCGUUAUUGCAUCACACACACAUACAUACACACACACGAGCGUACGCACGCGAAGAGAGCGAGAGAGAGAGAGAGAGAGAGAGAGAGAGAGAGAGAGAGAGAGAGAGAGAGAGAGUUGCUUUCUUUCGUUCCUCCGUUCUUUAUUAUUACGGCCUAAUAAUAAUAACAAGAGCAACAACGAUGCCGCUGUUUAUGGUGCGGCAUUAAUCCGAGAAGACCGAGCCUGCGACAAAAAAGGAGGAGGAGGAGGAGGCGGACAACGCACGCAAAUCGGACGCAUUCGCCGUAAAUUUCACGCGCUUAAUGGUGGAGGGCGAUGAGUCUUAGAGGAUGCGAGUGGAAGGGUUUCAGGCGGCGCUCUGCCUCCUCAUCGUGGGCGCCCUCAAGGUGUCGGGGGCCGGUGGAGGCGGCUCGGGCCCCGGCGGAGGCGGCGGAGACGGCAGUGCCGGUGCUGGUGCCGCCGGCGGACGCUACAGCACCAGACUUGUUCGCACCAGAUACGGACCGUUGCGCGGCAUCAUCACGCUCACGACCCGGGCCCGGGCCCCCAGGGAGGUGGAGGCCUUUCUCGGAGUGCCGUACGCCACGCCGCCGGUAGCGAGCCUUAGGUACAUGCCGCCACUGACGCCGUCACGAUGGCGCGGCCCCAAGAUGGCAGACGUGGCGCCCCCGGCGUGCCCCCAAACUGCCCCCGAGGUGACGAUUUCGUCUCCGGAGGCGCUGCUGCACCUGCCGAGGGGCCGGGUCACGCUGAUGCGCAAGAUCCUGCCCGUGCUGGCCAACUUCAGCGAGGACUGCCUUUACCUCAACCUGUACAUUCCGAGACCAGAGGGGCUGGACUCGCCGCCCUCGCCCCUGCCCAUCCUUGUGCUGAUCCACGGCGACUCUUACGAGUGGGGCUCGUCGGCCACCCUGGAUGGAUCCGCCCUGGCGGCGCAUGCCAACGUCGCCGUCGUCACCCUCAACUACCGCUUAGGAAUAUUAGGUUUUCUAAAAACAGGCCCGAAGAGCAGUGUGCAAGGCAACUUCGGCCUAAUGGACAUCGUGGCAGCUCUCCACUGGCUGAGAGAGAACGCCGCAGCCUUCGGCGCCGACCCUGAACGGAUCACUCUGUUCGGGCACACGACCGGCGCCGCCCUUGUCCACCUGCUGGCCAUGUCGCCGUCGGCGAAGGGUCUAUUUUCGCGCAUUGUCCUAUCAAGCGGCUCCGCAUUAAGUCCGUGGGCCCUCCAGACGGAUCCAUUUUUUAUAAAGAGGCGAGUGGCUGCGCACACAGGUUGUCAUGGCGACCUCGAGGAGGAGGACAUCGCGCCCUGCCUGCGCAACCUGCCCCUCGAGAAGCUGCUACAAGCACGACCGGGCCCUCCCAGAUUUCUUCCAGGAUUUGCACCCUUCGUUGAUGGAGGUGCACUAGUCCCACUACACCCUGCGGCUGCAAUGGGAAUGUCCACACUCGCCAUGGGCUCUGUCGGUCUGUCGUGGGAGGACGUGAAGCAAGCCGGCCCGUCGACCCCGUCGCAAUCCUUCAUAGACACUGAUGUUCUUUUAGUUGUUACGUCGGUGGAGGCGUACGAGGAGCUCAGCGCCCAGGACCUCGAGUUUGGACUGAACGAGACGAGGCGAGACCGACUCCUGCGAACCCUCGUGCGCAACGUUUUCCGCUGGCACCUUAAUGAGAUUUUCUCCGCGCUACGCAACGAGUACACUGACUGGGAGCGAGCAGCUGGACUCGCUCAUAAUCCCUUGGGGGUUCGGGACGCCGCCCUCGCUGUUUUAGGGGACGGGCUGACGGUGGCCCCGAUUUCCAGAGUCGCUUCCCUUCACUCCUCAGGCCAAGGCAACGGCAACACCUACUUUGCUCACAUGUUACCAGGAGACUCGAUACCAAAUAGAGACUUCCCGCAGCGUCCGGGGAGUGUGCGAGGAGAAGACUUGGUGUACUGGUUGGCCCAGCCGCUGCUGCCGCCGGGCUGGCCAAGCCUGCUGACGGACAAGGCUAAUUACACGCAGCAGGACGCGCAGAUGUCCAAGGCUUGUGUUCAUUACUUAGGCAAUUACAUUAGAUCAGGUGACCCCAACAGUCGUUCAGAGAGCUCUGGCGAGGAGGAGCGGAAACGACCCAGCGGAUCGCAGCACUCACACCAGGGCCCGUUUCCUUUCUGGGACAAGUACGACAGCGUCAAUCAGUACUACCUUGACCUCGGUGCCCAUCCUCACAUAAAAAACCAUUACAGAGGUCACAAAUUGUCUCUGUGGCUUCAUUUGAUACCGCAGCUGCACAGGCCGGGUGUCGGCGACGCUAGCUCCAGGCACCACAACUUCCCUGAAGAGGGGCCUCAGUUCUAUGAUGGCAUUGUGCGAACGCAGUCAGCCUUCUACCCCUCGCGUCUCCCUCCUCUGCCGGCGGCACCGUCGCCUUCGUCGCCUGCGUCAGCGACGCCAGCGAUGACGACCACUGAAUGCCCGCCGUCGCCGCCACCCCUGGCACCGCUCUCGCCACCCAACAGCACAUACGUGACCAACCCCUCGCAGCAGCAGACCCCGACUGGUGGCAACAACAACAACAACAACAACAACAACAACAACAACAACAAUAAUAAUAACAACAAUUUCAUGAACGGACCGAACUCGAUGUCGACGGCAUUGAUCGUGACGGUGACCGUCGGCUGCUCGCUGCUGCUGCUCAACUUGCUCAUUUUCGCCGGUAUCUAUCGCCACCACCACAGGCGCAGCACGCGCCACCGGCGGAGCCACGAGGGCGGCGCCAAGGGUCGGCGGCACCGGCACGCAGCGGGCGCCUCCUCCUCGUCGCCGGUGGCCUCGUGUUCGAAAGACUCGCCGCCCCCGAUGAUGAUCCCGGCGCCCCCGCCCCCGCCAAAGAACCUGCCUCCGCCAGACAUUACGCCGUACCUGCCCCCGGGGGCGCUCGGCCACCCCGGGCCGGCCGGGGGCGGCAUCCUGCGCAACAAUCCAGCCAACUCAGGGCCCUCGUCCACCCCCUCGACGCCGGGAACGGCGAAAAAGCGGGUGCACAUCCUUGAGAUUUCCGUGUGAACGCGGUGAGCGUUUUUUAAAACUGCUGCUGCUGGUGUGCCGAGUGCUGAUCUAGAUUUUUUAUGUGUUUUGGCAAAUUCCCAACUCAUGCCUGCCUGGAGAGUGGGUGCUCUGCGGUACGCGCACCCUUGUUGUUUGCGCCUCCGACCCCCGACACACCUACGAAAUGCGCCGAGCGUAAGCUGUGAACGUUUUUUAACGCUUUCAAUUUUCGUGGGUGUAAAGGGGAAGGAAAAUGAAUAUAUUAUUCGAAUUUUAUCAAAGUUAACUAUUCCAGCAUCUAUAUUGAAAUAAUAUUGCCACAUUCUGUUGCCACCAAAAUUUGUAAUUGCCAAAUCAACGCAGAUUUCAUUGAAGUAAAGCUUUACAGAAAAUUUGUCAAAAUCCUUUUAACCUUUUGCUUGAAAAGUACUGUCCAAAAAUGAGGAAAAAGCCAAUUUUCCCAGGUUGUCGUUAGAAUUUUUGAGAAAAUCGGCUCAAUAGUUUUACAUGCUAAUUAAGAGUACUUUCUCCUUAUUAGUUUUCAUGAUUUAUAUUUUGCCAGAAGGCAAAUUAUCCUCAUAAUUCGCACACCAUUAGAUGAAUUAUUACGAAGAGAGGGAUCAAAUUGAAGCGAAAAAACUAUUGACAAACCGUUUAAUUUUUCUAUAAAUUAGACAAAAUCUGAAAGUUAACUGUUCCUCGAACCAGGCCUUAUUUCAUUUUAUGCACAUUGUAGAGAUGAUAAUACUGCACGUUGCUAAAUUUAAAAAUCCAUAAAUUCAAUGAAUAGCUUUCUAAAGUCUACAAAGAAAAAAUAUCUUAUUUGUUAGCCUGUAAAGCAAUUUACUUGAAAAUAGUUUCCAGAUUGCAGAUUGUGGCAAAUGUUGUAAUUUGUGAAUUUUAGCGCCCCGCGCGUUACCUACUCUCUAAACAGGCAUAUUUUAAUAUUCAUGUAUCUUUUAUCAACGUGAAUAGAGUCAAGUUCGAGAAAAAUAAUCGCAACAUAAUGCCCACUUGCAACUCUGCAAAAUACAAUCAUUGCCAGAAAGUUUAUCCCAUUAUGCACCUUGAAGUGAAAUUUUCAAAUUCCUCACGAUCAUCUCAAAACUGUAUUCAGCGUCACACAUAACUGUUCUCAUCGCGAUUUCUAAUCAAAGUUGGUCUCGUGCGUGUUUUUCUCAUGCAUCAUCAAGUUGUGAGAAUCACCGUGUUGUAAUAAAUGAACCAUGGAUUUUACCUAAUUUGUUGACGAUUAAGUAUGGUGACGGAACUGCACAUUAGGACGACGGGCUGACGCAAAACUACACAAUAGUGCGAAAUUUAUUGAGAAAAGAUAAACUAAAAUUAUAUUGAAAUGUUGUUACAAGCUUAUUGUUUUAUUAAUGUGUACUAAAAUCGGAAGAGAAAGGUUAUCAAAAAAUUAGAAAAAUGUCUCCUGUACAAUACCUAAACGGAAAAGAUAAAAUGUUGUGUUAAAGGGUCAAUCCAAUUGUAAAUCCAUCAACACACAAAACAAAAAUUGCCGACUGUUUUCUUCCAAUAGAAUUAUAAGCAAUGUGUGAAAGCGAGAAUAUGUUGUUACACACGCGAGAAUAUGGUGUUUACAUAUGGGCAAAAUGAACAGUUUUUUCACAAAAAAGCGGCACACAAAAGUGUGUUGCCCAUAGUACAGGUUAUAAUUAUAUUUCCUUGUACAAAAAGAGAAAAAGAUAAGAGGGAAAACUUGAUUCUCUGUUAAUUAUUGCGUCAAAAAAAUUCUGGAACCCUUGCGGAAUUAGACUUUAACCCACAAUGUCUGGAACCCCAAAUGUAAAACAAGAAAAUAAAAUUCAGAGAUUGAUGCUUAUA